AUGGGAGGAAUUUUCGACUUGAUUUCCGAAUUCUAUUUUCAUCAGCCAGCAAAUGCGAUUUCUGUGGUUGAAAAACCGACACAAUAUCAAUUUAAUUAUCGUCAAAUUUUAUUGCUAAUUAAUUUGAUCUACACAAUUCCAUCAUUUUAUAUUUAUUCAAAAUGUCGCAAAUUGCUCAGGGAAAAUUCGAAUAAUCAUUUCAACACUAUUUUUAGCAAUGAUUUUCAUAUUGUGAGUUUUGUCUUGAGUUUUUAAAGGGAGAGUAAAAUUUCUGCCACGUGGAAAAUGAUUUUCAAGCAAAAUUUUGAAAAAUAGAAAAAAAUACAGUUAACAACAACUUAUUAUAAAAAUAUUUAUAAUUUUUUUGCUGUUUCAAAACAUCAAUAUGUUUUUGAUAAUUUUAAAUUUGGUGGAAAAUGUUCGGUUGAAAUGAAUAAGGCAUCAAUUAUUUCUCCGGAAAAAAAUACCCUAGAUUCAACUCUUCAAUGUUUACAUUUUGACAGAAUGUUGCAUUAUUCAUAAUUGAUAUAAUUUCAACUCGUCUUCCAAUAUCAGGUCUAAUCAAUAAUUAUCCAUCAUUUCUUCCAUCUGGUUAUUUUCUAACUAUUAUUUAUUUCCUUUCUUAUUAUCUUAUUUAUGCUAAUUAUUUUUCAAGCACUUUAAUUUGUCUAAAUCGUAUGACAAGUGUAAUUUACAUUUCAUCAAAUGUAAGUUAUCCGGGAGAGAAGAAGAGAAGUUAGCACAAAUCUACUCCAAAGUCUUUUAGUUCUGGCAACGUCACACGAAACAAACCAUCAUAAUAAUCUAUAUUUUAUCACUUAUUCCAACUUGGCAAAUGUUAACUUAUGAUGCAUUUUUCUACACUUUGAUAGCAAAUGAUUCGAGAUAUCAGAUGAUUUAUAAUACGACUAUUAUUAAAAUUUAUGUGAGUUGUUGUGAGAAUUUUAUGAUUGAUGGAGUAAACUAGAAAAAUAAUGACAAACAUGAGCAAUGUAUAAUUAUGAAAGCCUAAGGUGAUAAUUAUGAGAAAAGAGGACCAGAGGUGACUGAUAAGUUUUAAACUCUAACCUUGUGAGCUCAAUUAGACAAUAAACUGGAAAAGUCAGAAAUUUUUACUUCCCUUUGGAGCUUCGAUUACGGUUCAUUCCAGAAUCACAAAAAAUAUAAAAUAAAAAUAUUUUUGAAACAGUGACUUUUUGCAGAUUCGAAACAGUAGUUCGCUCGCCACAAUUUCUCUAAUUCUCGCCAUAAUUUGCAUAAUUUUCAACAUUAUCACAAUUUUAAAAUAUCGUCAAACGAUUCAAAAAUCUCAAUCUUCUUGGAUGACAAAUUCCAAACAAAAACAAAAUCGGCGAAUUGAAUUAACAAUGUUAAUUGUAGCAAUAAUUGCGUGUUCCUCUUUAAUUCUACAAUGUGCAAUUCAGGUAAGUGGUCUAGAGAACAUUUUUGACGGAAAAGCGGAUUAAAAAAAUUCAAAAAAGGAUAAUGCAUUGUUACGUCAGGAUUUGUAGAGUUAAUUUGUAAAAAGUUUAACAUUAGUAAAGCAGGAAAUUAGGUGUGACCUUGCCAAAGUUAGUUUAAGCUUCGAUUUAAGCUUCAACUUGAUAAAUCAAACUUAAAUUACCCUUGAUUAUAUGCUUUACAAUGUUUAUUUCUAAAGCCAAUCACAACCACAGUAUGUUAUUAAGCCUUCUCUCCAACUCAAAGCCUUUACAUCUAGACUAAUACCAAUCUUCUCUAGCUCUAAUAAGUCCAGUCUGGAAUGCUGGGCUCAAUCCCGCUUUAUUUUCUUUCAGAUUCUCAUAAUGGUCUUCACAGAAAUUCCCUCAAUUCGCGGAACUGCUCAAGAUAUGCGAAACUUCUGUUUGGACAUUUCAAUUUGUGGUCCACCAUGGGUUCUUUAUUUCAGUUCAAUAUCUAGUCGCAAUAAAAUCGGCUCGAUUUCGGAAAUAAAUUCACGAAUCACCAAAUAA